UGUCAUGAUCAAACGCUUGACUGAAGAAGUACAAACCAGUUUGCGUUCUGGAGUGGCCAUCACUUCUCUGGGGCAGUGUGUUGAAGAGCUUGUCUUCAACAGCAUAGAUGCCAAAGCAACAUGUGUGGCCAUUAGACUGGAUCUGGAAACCUUUAAAAUCCAGGUUGUAGAUAAUGGCUCUGGAAUGGGAAGAGAAGACCUCAGCAAAGCAGGGAACAGAUACUUUACAAGUAAAUGCUACUCUGUGGAAAACCUAGAAAAUUUAACAUGUUAUGGCUUCCGUGGAGAGGCUUUGGCAAGCAUUGCAAACAUGGCCAGCAUAGUAGAAAUAUCAUCCAAGACAAAUAAGAUUGCAAAAACAUUUUUGAAAUUAUUUCACAAUGGGAAAGGGCUGGAAGUUUCUGAAGCAGAAUUGAAUAGACCAAGUGCUGGAACAACAGUGACCGUGUACAACUUAUUCUACCAGUUACCCGUGCGAAGAAAAUGCAUGGAUUCCUUACUAGAAUUUGAGAGAGUAAGGCAUAAGGUUGAGGCUCUUUCACUUAUGCAUCCCUCUGUCUCUUUUUCAUUAAGAAAUUAUGCUUCCUGUUCUAUGGCACUUCAGCUGCCCAAGACAAAAGAUGUGUGCUCUCGGUUUUCUCAAAUUUAUGGUCUAGGUAAAUCACAGAAAUUGCGAGGAAUAUAUCAUAAGUCUGGAAGAUUUGAGAUAAGUGGCUAUAUCAGUUCUGAAGGGCAUUACAAUAAAAAUAUUCAGUUUUUGUAUGUGAAUGAUAGACUGGUAUUAAAAACAAGACUGCAUAAGCUAAUUGAUUUUUUAUUAAGAAAACAAAGUGUUACAUGUAAAACCAAAGGUGGACCUGUGACCUCAAGUCCUGCUCGCCAUCGUUCUGGUCCAGAGCUCUAUGGAGUCUUUGUUAUGAAUAUCAAGUGCCCACAUGAUGAAUACGAUGUGUGUUUAGAACCUGCAAAAACUCUAAUAGAGUUUCGCAGUUGGGAUGCUCUCCUGCUUUGCAUUGAAGAAGGAGUUAAAGCCUUCUUAAAGCGAGAACAUCUGUUUAUUGAGCUGUGUGGUGAAGACAUUAAAGAAUUUAAUGAAAAUAAUGGCUUUUGUUUGGGUUCUGCUAUGGCUUUACAUCCUUCUUUUCCUGAGGAGAAACACACAGAGGAGAAUUUCAAGAGAGCUUGUGAUAAUAUUGUGGAUUCUUAUGAAAUGUGUAAUCUCCAAUCAAAGUCUGUCCAAAGAAAAAUAACUCUUGAAAAGGAGACAUCAGAUCACUCAGGACCCACUAACAAUGUGAAGGAAAUAUUUGCUUUCCCAGAUUUGGCCAUCAGUGAGACAAUUCAUGAAAGUAGCAAUAAAGUGGGAAAUCCUCUGCCCGACAAAAAUGGCACCACUCUUGAUCUUCUAGAACUGAGUAACCUGCACAAAGAGCCAAAUGUAUGCAAUGAUCCACAGACUGAGGUCAUAAAUUCCAAGAAUCCACAAGAAGGCUGUGGACAGGAUGUUUUGGAUGCUGUAGAAAUAGACAGUGAUAGUGGGAUGUCGCUUUGUUCUGAGACGUCUGGCAAAGACACAAACAGCCUGCAUGAUCCAGCAUUUCAGGAAAGUAGCCCCAGCUCUGCAGCUCUUGGACACUUUGUAAAUGUGAGAGAUAUUAAUGUACAGAAACAUCAGUUUCUCUUAAAAAGUGCUUUGGUGGGGAGAUACAGGAUGGCAGAAGAGAGCAGAGGUCCUCCUGUGGAGUUGAAUCCUCAUGGGUUAAAUUCCUGUGGAGAAGCAGCAAUAGAACAAGAAUCUUUAAAGUUAUGUUCUACAGGCCUUAUAGUGCACCUGAUGCAAAGUCAGCCACCAGAUAAAACAGCAGACAUUAACCAUUCAUCUAACAUACCGCCUGUACUAGGUCCAGUAAGUGCCAGGGAUGUAUUUGACAAAAAGCUCAAGUUUUCAAAUACUCAGGAAUGUUCGAGGAUAACUAAAGGAGGUAUGUAUCCAGGAAAUGGCUAUAAAAGCAUGGAAAUUGGGCAUGCAUCGGGCCAAAAGAAUGAGAUGGAUUCACUUCCUGCAGUUGGCAGUGGUGACUUUGUGACACAAUGUGUCAAUGAACUGAUUUCUAUUGCUCCAUCUGAUUUUGUUCACAGUGUGGAUAGUGCAACCUCAAGAAAGCAAAUGCCUGAGAAGUUAACUAGAUUUGAGCACUAUACAAAACUAAGCUUGCAUCCAAAACUAGGGUCAUUAGAUAGAUUCAGGCGACGUUAUGGGACCAUAAAGAAUACACAAUCAGUGUCUGCGAAAAAGGGGGAUGAGUUUGCAGUCCCAGCCUGUGUUGGUUCUCUCACGGAUAAGAAUAAAAAUCUUGAACACUCAGGUAUUUGUGACCUCCCAGCUAAAGAACAUGUUGGAUGUAAUAAUAAUGGCCAUGAGUGCCUUCUUCCUUUGGAAAAGUCUCAAUUCUGCUCUGAAGAAAGCAGGAAAACACAUAUAAGAGAGAGCCCUCUGACCCUGACAGAUUACUCUCAAAGCAGAACAAAAGCUCCAAGAAGCUCUGGAUUCACAGGAACACUUGCCUCUAAAGUGUCUAGAAUGAAGGGAAGCCUUAAAGAAACUAUACAUUUAGAACCCAGAGGGCAACCUUUUGAACAGUCUCAAUUGUAUUCAAGCCCCCCAAAUGAAGGCAGAUGUGGUCCCUCAUCUCAAAAUAAUCUUUUGCAAAGUAACUAUUCUAUAUCUCAAUUGUCCACAAGAGAAGUAGGGACAAAGAGCCACAGUUUUGCUCCAUGCUUUCCUGAGCAAAGUAAUCCUGUGGAAAUCUUUAGCACAGGAGCAGUGGAUAUGGAAGAUACUGUCAGCCUUUGUUUCAUUGACACUGAUGGAGACUAUGUAGUUUCCCAAAAGAGAAAAUUGGCAUUGCCUGAUAAUUUAUGUCCUGAAGACACCUGUGAAGAUACGAGUGCUAUGGAUGAAUCUUCAAAGCAAAAUGCUAACACCUGUGAUCCUAUAGUGGUUCUCUCAAGUAGCAGUGAAGGUGCUACAGAUAAUGCAAAUCCAGAGGAGAAUGAGGAGGCACAGAGUCAUCCUUCUGAGUGGUUUGAUCAGUUUGAUGCAUCCUUGGGUAGGACAGUAUACAUCAAUAGAAUGACUGGACUGAGCACCUACACUGCUCCUCCUGGUGAGGAACCUAAAGCUGUAUGUACUAAAGAUAUCAGUACAAUGGCUGUAAAUGUUGUCAUGGAGAAUGAUGCACGAGGAGAAUCUCUCCAGUCCAUGUUUUCAGAGUGGGACAAUCCAGUGUUUGCUCACUGCCCAGAGGUUGCUCUUGAUGUGAGCAGUGGACAGGCUGAUAACCUUGCUGUGAAAAUCCAUAAUAUCCUGUAUCCUUACCGGUUCACCAAGGACAUGAUUGAGUCAAUGCAGGUCCUUAAUCAAGUGGACAAUAAAUUUAUUGCUUGUUUAAUCAACACUAGGCCAGAUGAAAACAAGGAGAUGGAUGGAAACCUUCUUGUGCUGGUGGAUCAACAUGCCAUCCAUGAACGUAUCCGUCUUGAGCAACUUAUCAUAGAUUCCUAUGAGAAGCAGUCUGAAGCAUCAGGUAAGAAGUUGCUGGCUUCCACUGUGCGUCCACCACUGGAGAUUGAGAUAACAGAGGAGCAGAGAAGACUCUUAUGGUGCUGUCACAAAAGUCUAGAGGAAUGGGGCCUUGAAUUAUCCUUUCCGGAGAAUAAUCCCUUGCAGAUUCUGGUAGGAAAAGUGCCACUGUGUUUUGUCGAGAGAGAGGCCAGUGAAUUGCGCCGUGGAAGACAGACAGUGGCUAAGAGCAUUGUGCAGGAGUUCAUUCGAGAGCAAAUUGAGCUACUACAGACCACAGGAGGAGCACGAGGAACACUGCCACUAACAAUUUUGAAGGUUUUGGCUUCCCAGGCUUGCCAUGGUGCAAUUAAGUUUAAUGACCCAUUGACUUUUGAGGAGAGUUGCCAGCUAAUGAAAGCUCUGUCUUGUUGUCAGUUGCCCUUCCAGUGUGCUCAUGGGAGACCCUCCAUGCUGCCUCUUGCAGAUACCUCUCACUUGCAGCAGGAAAGUCAGCCUAAGCCUAAUCUGGCUAAACUAAGAAGAAUGGCUAAAGCCUGGCAGCGCUUUAGGAAAGAAAAGGAUCUCACUGGGAAAACAUAAGCCCUAUCUCAG